AUGGUCGAUCUCCCAGAACACCUAGCCAAAGUGCUGCCCAAGCAGCGGGACCUUUACUACGCGGGAAAGUUCCAAGCGCCUGAGUCACCCAAGAACUAUGUCGAAACAUUCAAUCCAGCCACUGGCAAGGCCAUCACCAAGGUCGCACAGGCCACCACCGCCGACACCGAAGCAGCCAUCAAAGCUGCGCAUGAAGCCUUUCCUGCAUGGCGUGAUACUCACCCGGAAAAGAGAAGAGAAUACCUACAGAAAGCUGCAUCGAUCGUGCGAGCACAUGCAAGGCAACUCGCCUUGAUCGACUCCAUCAACACGGGAAACCCUUUCAAAGAGAUGAUCCCAGAUGCCAUCACCGCCGCCGACGCUCUGGACUAUUUUGCCGGGCUGAUUCCCAUGGUCAAGGGUGAAACUGUGCCCAUGGGGACCGAAGGGUUCCAUUAUACCUUGCGCGAGCCACUGGGUGUGGUGGCGAGGAUUGUGGCGUACAAUCAUCCCAUCAUGUUCUGUGCGCAGAAGAUGGCCGCUCCGCUGGCGGCAGGAAACACAGUCAUUAUGAAGCCUGCCGAACAAGCACCCCUCUCUGCUCUGUAUCUGGCUGAACUGCUCCACGGCGUUUUCCCACCUGGCGUGGUCUCUAUUGUCAAUGGUGGUCUUGACAGUGGAGUUACUUUAUCCACACAUCCCUUGGUCAAAAUGAUCACUCUUAUUGGCAGCGUACCGACCGGCAAGGCUAUUUACAAGAGUGCCUCGGGCACACUGAAGCCUCUACUUUUCGAACUCGGCGGCAAGAACGCCCUUGUUGCCUACCCGGAUGCAGAUAUCGACAAGCUUGUCGACGGCAUCACUCGGGGAAUGAACUAUCUGUGGGCAGGCCAGUCUUGUGGCUCCACCUCGCGUGUUUUCCUCCACGAGUCCGUCCACGACAAAGUGCUAGAACAGGUAGUCGAGAGAGUCAAGAAGUCCUUUGUUCCUGGCGACCCGACGGACGAAAAGACCACCAUGGGCCCACUGAUUUCGGCCGCCGCGCUGGAACGGGUCAAAGGCUUCUGCAAGGAUGCCGUCGCUGAAGGCGCUCGGCUUGUCCUCGGUGGCAAGCAGCCGGAGUCGAUGAAAGAGGGCAAUUUCUUUGAGCCGACAAUCUUCGCCGACGUCACACCCGAAAUGCGGGUCGCCAAGGAGGAGGUGUUUGGUCCGAUCCAAAGCAUCUUCAAGUGGACGGACGAGGAGGACGUGUGGAAGAUCGUCAACAGCACCAACUAUGGUCUCACGGGGGCCGUGUACACUCGCGACCUGAAGACGGCACAGAGAGCAGUCAAUCGGUUUGAGACGGGCUAUGUUUGGGUGAACAACGUUGCGAAGCACUAUCUGAACAUGCCGUUCGGAGGACAAAAGAACUCGGGCCUGGGUAGAGAGGAGUGCUUUGAUGAGCUCAUCGCUUUCACCCAGCAGAAGGCUGUCAACGUGUCAUUGACCUGA